GCGUUCCGGCCUUGGUUCUUGAAGACCAAACGGCAGAUUCGCUGGGCCGGGGGCCGGGCGGGUUCUGUCUAGAAUCAACGUUUGCUGGGGAAGUUCGCCACUCGUUAAGAAAGGGCGCGAAGAGGCGCGGCAUUCAUCUUCCGCCGGGACUCCUGCGCAGUCUGUUCUUGGGCCUUUUCUCUCCGAAAAUGAAUCUGCUGCCGACACCGGAGAGUCCAGUGACUCGGCAGGAGAAGAUGGCGACGGUGUGGGAUGAGGCAGAGCAAGAUGGUAUCGGGGAGGAGGUGCUCAAGAUGUCCACAGAAGAGAUUAUCCAGCGUACACGGCUGCUGGACAGCGAGAUCAAGAUCAUGAAGAGCGAAGUCUUAAGAGUCACCCAUGAACUCCAAGCCAUGAAAGACAAGAUCAAAGAGAACAGUGAGAAAAUCAAAGUGAACAAGACCCUGCCAUACCUUGUCUCCAACGUCAUCGAGCUAUUAGAUGUUGAUCCCAAUGACCAAGAGGAGGAUGGUGCCAAUAUUGACCUGGACUCACAGCGGAAGGGCAAGUGUGCAGUGAUCAAAACCUCCACACGACAGACAUACUUCCUGCCUGUGAUUGGGUUGGUGGAUGCGGAAAAGCUGAAGCCAGGAGACCUGGUGGGUGUGAACAAAGACUCCUAUCUGAUCCUGGAGACCCUGCCUACAGAGUAUGACUCACGAGUGAAGGCCAUGGAGGUGGAUGAGAGGCCCACAGAACAAUACAGUGAUAUUGGGGGCCUGGACAAGCAGAUUCAAGAGCUGGUGGAGGCCAUUGUCCUACCCAUGAACCACAAGGAGAAGUUUGAGAAUUUAGGGAUCCAGCCCCCAAAGGGCGUACUGAUGUAUGGGCCACCUGGUACAGGAAAGACAUUGCUGGCCCGAGCCUGUGCUGCACAGACCAAGGCCACAUUCUUGAAGCUAGCUGGCCCCCAGCUGGUGCAGAUGUUCAUUGGAGAUGGUGCCAAACUGGUCCGUGAUGCCUUUGCUCUGGCCAAGGAGAAGGCACCAUCUAUCAUUUUCAUUGAUGAGUUGGAUGCCAUUGGCACCAAGCGUUUUGACAGUGAGAAAGCUGGUGACCGUGAGGUGCAACGGACCAUGCUGGAGCUUCUCAACCAACUCGAUGGCUUCCAGCCCAACACACAAGUAAAGGUAAUUGCAGCCACUAACAGGGUGGAUAUUCUGGACCCUGCCCUGCUCCGCUCAGGCCGCCUGGAUCGCAAGAUCGAGUUCCCGAUGCCCAAUGAGGAGGCUCGGGCCAGAAUCAUGCAGAUUCACUCCCGGAAGAUGAAUGUCAGUCCUGAUGUGAAUUACGAGGAGUUGGCGCGUUGCACUGAUGACUUCAAUGGGGCCCAGUGCAAGGCUGUGUGUGUGGAGGCGGGUAUGAUCGCACUUCGCAGGGGUGCCACAGAGCUUACCCACGAGGACUACAUGGAGGGCAUCCUGGAGGUGCAGGCCAAGAAGAAAGCCAACUUGCAGUACUAUGCCUAGGGCACCUCUGGCCUGUUCUCUAGUCUGCUGGCUAAUGUUGGUAAUAAAAGGUGGUUUGGA